GAAGUAAACAAGUUUUAUAUCCUGUAUGAGAUUCUCCUGAACUUUUACUUCUGUAUGUUUUGUUAUUUUGUACUGUUGAUAACUUCACGCCAGCUGGAGCUAUGAGCGCCAUUAUUCCUCGCAUAGAGCAGUUGUCUGCUAGAGUGGUUCGGGUUUUGGGCUGUAACCCGGGACCGAUGACUCUGCAGGGAACCAACACUUACCUGGUCGGCACGGGCAAAAGACGGGUGCUGAUAGACACGGGGGAACCUGCUGUGCCUGAAUACAUCAGCAGCCUGAAACAGGCACUGAAGCAGUUCAGCACCAGCAUCCAGGAGAUCAUCGUCACACACUGGCAUCACGACCACACUGGUGGAGUAGAAGAUAUCUGCAGGGACAUAACUGGUUCUGAGGUCCGAGUCAGCAAACUGCCUCGCUCCAACAAAGCAAGAGAGACAGCAGGAAGCAAAGACUACAAUUACCUAAAAGAUGGAGAUGUUGUUGAGACGGAGGGAGCCACACUCAAAGUGCUUUUCACUCCGGGCCAUACUGAUGACCACAUGGCCUUGGUGCUGGAGGAGGAGCGGGCUAUCUUCUCUGGAGACUGCAUCCUGGGCGAGGGCACGGCCGUGUUUGAAGACCUCUACGACUACAUGAAAUCUCUGCAAAUCCUGCUGGACUCGGAGGCUGACCUCAUCUACCCUGGCCACGGACCUGUGGUUCAGGAUGCUGGCUCUAAGAUCAGACACUACAUCAGUCACCGGGACCAAAGAGAACAACAGAUCCUGGCAGCCAUUCAGGAUGGAGCAGGAAAGCCUUUCAGUUCCAUGGAGCUUGUCAAGAUUGUGUACAAGGACACACCUGAACACCUGCACCAAGCAGCUAAUGUGAACCUGGUUCAUCACUUAAAGAAGCUGGAGAAAGAAGGCAGAAUCAGUCUUGUGAACGAAUCUUCACAGAGCAGCAAAUGGAAGAGUAAUCUGUGACGUCCACUGACAGUGAGAUGAAAUGGAGCGUUGGGCUGGGAUUUCCAAGAUCAACAGCUGAUGAUUUUUGAAUGCGAGAUGAUUGUUUUCAGUGCUAUGUUUGUGCUGUACACCAGUGCUGAUUGAGAAAUGUUCUAGAGGAAAAAUCUGUUGUAUUAGUCACACCCGUUGCUUCAGAUAUUUCACAACUCAAAACACACAAGGCACAGAAAACAAAGGGACUCACCAGGACUGAGCUGCGGCCUGUGUUAUAGUUAAACAAGGCUAAAAUUUGCUUCAAGGUCAGCCGCCUGUGGCCGCAUGAAGACUGAACCUCAUCCUGAAGUGUGAUCAGAGUGCUACACUUCCCCUGCCCCCCCCUAAUUAAAACUGCUUAACUGCUCCUAUGUCUUCUUUUUUUGAGUUGAGGGUGUUAAAGUGAGCUUUUUGUGUUGAUUUAAAAAUAAUUGUCAGCAUUGUCUUCCAUUUAACAAUACUUUCUGGUCAUGUAAGUGGGAUAAGUAGGAUUUAUACAGUAUAAAAUGAAUGUACUGUACUUUAUUUUACUGAGUUUUGUAUAUUAUGAAGCCCAGAAAGUAAAUAAUUUCAUUACAUUUGUCAUUGAGUUGUUAUUUAUGAGGCUGGCACUUCCCUAUCACAGGUGUGUUAUUGCAAUAUCUCAAGAAAGGUUUUAUGUGGGUAAAAGGAAAUUCAUUGCUUAACUGUUCAGCUGUUUCUGGGUAUAGAAAUUGUUUUAUGCAGGCACUCGGUUAAGAAAGAUUUGCCAAAUAAAGCAUAGAGUGUGUGUAUGGGAAUGGGAACUGGGGAAAAUAAAACAUUUUGGUGCUUUCUCA